CCUUUCUGUUCUUUUUUUCAGCACUAAACAACAGUACAAAAUCUUAUAUGCUACCCUAUAAGGUCCAUACAUUCAUCGACAUCACUAAUACUCGUACAUAUAUAUUAAUGUAUUUGUACCUAUUCCCGAUGUUCUACGCCUCCAUCUGUCACAUGGCGGCAAUCUGCUUGGUGGUCAUUUUAGUAUUUCACAUUUGCGGGGAAUUGUCCAUUUUGUCGUACCGUAUCAGAAACAUUGAAACGUACCCUCAAGACAUGGUGGUGGACAGAAUUCGCAGUUUCGUCCGAAUACAUCUCAAAAUAGUAUGGAUGGCAAAAUCCGUGGACGAUACUUUCAAUCUGAUCCUUCUCGAUGAACUUCUUGGCAAUAGUAUUGUACUAGCUAUCUCAAUGUAUUACGUCACAAUGAACUUGGAAGUUUCAGAAGUAGCGACCUGCUGUACUUUUAUAUUUUUCGCUAUUAUUGCGCUUGUUAUGCUUUAUGGAUAUUGUCUGAUUGGAGAUCAACUAACUCAACAGUGUAUAAACGUGCAGGAUGCAUACUAUCAAUGCGAUUGGUACGAAAUGCCGCUCAAUUGCAAGAGGUGCUUGCUGAUAUGUAUGAUUCGUGGCCAAGUUAUGCUCUAUUUAACAGCUGGAAAGUUUUAUAUAUUUUCUUUAAGCAGUUUUACAGAUGUUAUCAAAACUUCCUUGGCAUAUUUGUCAAUGCUACGCACUGUAAUAUGAAGAAACGAAGUAACGAAGUUUAAGUACAGCGUAUAUUAAAAGAAUCUGUAUAUUAUGAAUAGAAAAUCACGUAGAAACC